UAGAAAAUCUACACCAAAAAUUUUUUUACAGUUAGUUUUUAUAGAAAAGGAAAAUAAUAUAUUAAAUAGAUACCGUUUUUACCGGCCAUCUUCGCAGUUUGAAAUUGAAACGACCGUUAGGAGUUGUGCUGUAAGUUUUUUUAACGUGAAAGAAGAAAGAAACGCAAAAAAUAUAAGGUGUUUAAAACGUGGUUGAUGUACUUUAAACAAUCCAUUUGUAUCAUCCCAAACGGUAAAAUGGUGAAAAAUAAACGCGAUUUAAAAUCGCCCCGGAGAAGGUCUUUGGUUACAAGACCCACUGUUAGAAAAGUUGGUUCAGGUACGAUAAGUAGUGCUAAUAUAAAAGUGGUUGUGAGGGUGAGACCACCCAGUGAAAAAGAAGAAAAUUUAAAUGGAGGACUUGUUGUAAGAGUUAUAAAUGAACAACUACUAAUUUUCGAUCCAGAAUCAGAAGGAGAAGGAUUUUUUUACCAUGGUGUGCAACAAAGAGGACGAGACUUACUUAAAAAACCAAAAAAAAAUAUGCAAUUUGCAUUCGAUCGGGUUUUUGGGUUUGAAUCCGAUAACAGUGCUGUUUUUCAUGAAAGCACCGAGCAAUUAAUUGAUAAACUUAUGGAUGGAUGUAAUUGUUCUGUUUUUGUUUAUGGCGCGACAGGGGCUGGAAAAACCCACACAAUGUUGGGACACACAGAAAGUCCUGGAAUAACUUUUUUAACAAUGAAACGUUUAUUCGAGAGAAAAUCAGAUUUGAUUAUUGACAGAGAUUUUGAAUUAGCGAUAACUUAUUUAGAAGUCUAUAACGAAAACGUCCAGGAUUUAUUAAAUCCAGGCGUUCCAUUACAACUUCGUGAAGAUGGAAAAUUUGGGGUGAUUGUUGCUGGGAUUACAAUGAAAAUGAUUAAAAAUAGUGAAGAAUUAUUUGAAUUAUUGGAACAAGGAAAUCGAAAUAGAACUCAACACCCUACAGACGCGAACGCUGAAAGUUCCAGAUCUCAUGCUGUUUUUCAAGUUUAUAUUCGAAUGACUACCAAAAUUAAUCGUCAAGUACAUAUGGCUAAACUUAGUAUGAUUGAUUUAGCAGGUAGUGAAAGAGGUGCAGCUACUGGUUGCGUUGGAGUCCGUUUUAAAGAAGGUUCAAAUAUAAACAAAUCACUCCUUGCACUUGGAAAUUGCAUCAACAGUUUAGCAGCAGGAAAAGGACAUGUACCUUAUCGUGAUUCAAAGUUAACCCGUCUUUUGAAAGAUAGUCUUGGAGGAAAUUGCCACACAGUAAUGAUUGCGAACGUUUCCCCGAGUAGUUUAACAUAUGAAGACACUUAUAACACGUUAAAAUACGCAACACGUGCUAUGAAAAUUAAAUCAAACGUUCGUCAAAAUGUUGUUGCCAAAGACAUUAAUUGCGAGCAAUAUGUUAUUAUGAUUGAUAAUUUAAAAGCGGAAGUUGAACGACUUAAAGCUAAACUGGAGGAAUAUGAGAACGAUAAAAAUACAAUCAAUGAAACUAUAACUUUACCAUCAACUUCAUCUUCAUUAACAGCCACAACAGUACCGACAAUAUCUUUAACUUCAAUUUUAGAUGUGGAUAAAGAAAAGUUAAUGGAUAUUGUUGAUGAGUUAAAAAAGCUGUUGGAACGGAUUCAUCAAUUAGAAAUGGUCGAGCAAGGUUUAGGUUUAAGAAAACAAUUAAAAGAAGAUAAAGAUGCAAGAUUAAGUGAUUUAUGUGAUUCAACAGAUAAAAUGAAAGGACGUAAAAGAAUAGGAGAUGCCGUGGACAGAAUAAAAAAGCAAGUUAGCAGUUUAAAAGAUGAAAUUUACCACACUAAAGAAAAAAAGAAAAAAGUUUAUGAAAAUUUAGAGGAGUUAUUAAGAACUGUACCCGAUUUAAAAGAACUUGCUGAUGUAGAAAAAAUUAAAUUAGGCGAAAUCGAAGCAGUUUAUAAGGCUGAAUUACAUCAAAAGAAAUGCGAAAGAUUAACAACGGAAUUAAAUUCACGCGCUGAAACGGAAAAGAAAAUGUCAAAUUUGUUAAAAAUUUGUUAUAGAUAUCUCCAAGCGCAAAAUCAACUUCCGGAAUCGGUAAAAUCAGCUUAUAACACAUUGAAAAAUGAUUGGCAAGGAAUCCAUUCGGUUACAUUUGAACCUGAACCAGAAAUUGAUUCAACCGUUAUAAUCGAUGAUACACGAAAAAGGAAAGUUGAAGAAAUAUGUUCAUCAUCAUCCCUUGAUAGUACAUUUGCCAUUGGUUCAAAAUCUCAACCAGUUUUGACUUCACGUGCUAAAGAAUUAAUAUCAAAAGAAAGUCCGAUGCCACCGAGAAAAUUCGCAAAAUUUUCUCCAGCCAUAAAAGAAAAUAAAGCACCAACCGUGCGUAAACCAACGGCUAUUAUGGGAACUUCUCAACGGUUUCAAACGACAAAAUCGACUAAUUUAUUAAACGGAGGAAAAAGUUUUAAGAAAAAAUAAAUGUAAGGAAACGAAAGUGAUUUUGAAGAUAGAUGUCAAGAUAAAUGAUUUUUUUUAAACUUAUUACGAACGUAUUGGAUUGCUGUUUAUUUUUUUUGUUAUUACUUGUAAAUGAGUGCAACAAGCUGUAUCUAAUAAUCUUAUAAAAGUUUUUAAUGUAAUAAUUUAUAAAUGAAUAUCAUCCUGCUUUAAAAUAAUAUAUCAUAGCGUUGUUUUUA